CUUGUGGCUAACAGACCUUGCAGUCUGUCAAUUAGGAAGCCCCAUACAAAUGUGCAUCGCACAGUCCCCAGCCAGUCAAUCCAGAAACUCAAGGAUCUAUGCCAGUCUCGCCAUUAGACCACUUCUCCCUCAGCGGUAUGGCAGACUCUCUGUGCAGGCUGUGCCAUCUCCCUCCGGGGACUACUUCACCAACAGUCGAGGAGCGUGGCAAGUGGGGCAGCAAAAAGGAGUUCCUCCUGACUGUGGCUGGUGCUAUUAUUGGACUUGGAAAUAUAUGGAGAUUUCCAUAUCUGUGCUACAAGAAUGGUGGUGGUGCAUUCUUCAUACCUUAUAUCCUGUUCUUGGUGACCUGUGGCAUUCCCCUGUUCAUAUUGGAGACAGCACUGGGCCAGUACACCAGUCAGGGGGGAAUCAUGUGCUGGAGGAAGAUCUGCCCCUUGUUUGAAGGCAUGGGAUAUGCCAGCCAAAUGAUCAUUUUCUACGGAUCCAUCAGCUACAUUGUGAUUUUAGCCUGGGCCUUUCUCUACUUUUUUUCCUCCUUCUCUGGAGAGUUGCCAUGGGCCACUUGUAAUAACACGUGGAAUACAGACGCUUGUGUGGUAAUAAACGACUAUAACGCGACUGCUAACUGGACCUCCCCGGUGAAUGCCUCAUCAUCCGUGACAGAGUUUUGGCAACGACGGGUGUUAAAUAUAUCCACCGGAAUAGAAGAAUUGGGAAACAUACAGUGGGACCUUUCUUUGUGCCUUCUUCUGUCCUGGAUCAUCUGCUACUUCUGUGUCUGGAAGGGAGUGAGAUCCACAGGAAAGGCAGCCUACUUCACAGCCACAUCGCCCUUCAUCAUGUUAGCAGUGCUGUUUCUCAGAGGAAUGACCCUUCCUGGAGCCUUCCAUGGUAUCAAGUACUACCUGUACCCCAAUCCUGCACGGCUCGCUGACCCACAGGUUUGGAUGGAUGCUGGAACACAAAUAUUUUAUUCCUAUGCCAUAUGUUUGGGAUGUCUGACGACACUUGGGAGCUACAGCAAGUACAACAACAACUGUUACAGAGACUCCUUCUUUCUUUGCUUGUUGAACAGUGGGACCAGCUUUAUAUUUGGCUUUGCCAUCUUCUCAGUUCUGGGCUACAUGUCACAACAACAGGGUGUUGAUAUUUCUACAGUUGCUGAGUCAGGCCCUGGCCUUGUCUUCAUAGUAUAUCCACAAGCUGUGACCCUUCUGCCGUGGCCUCAGUUCUGGUCCAUGUUCUUCUUCGCUAUGAUCAUCUUGUUAGGAAUAGACAGUCAGUUUGUUGGGCUCGAAAGCAUCAUGACCUCUUUGGAAGACAUCUACCCUUCCCAGAUCCGAAAAGGAUACCGCAGAGAGCUUGUUCUGAUGCUCAUCUGUGCUUUUUGCUAUGGGUUUGGCCUGCUUCUGGCGUCUGGGGCUGGUGCGUACAUUCUGCAGAUCUUUGAUCACUAUGUAUGCAGUGGUCCCACUCUUCUCCUGAUGGCAAUCUUUCAGUCAGUGAUCAUUGGACGGAUUUAUGGUGCUGAACGCUUCUGUGACAACAUUGAGGACAUGAUUGGCUACAGACCUCUAUCACUGAUCAAGUACUGCUGGCUGUAUGCCACCCCUCUUACUUGCAGUGGCACACUUGUGUUCUUGCUCCUGAGAUACACCCCCCUGAAGUUCAACAACUCCUAUGUGUAUCCGUGGUGGUCUUACUGGAUCGGCUGGUUUCUCGCCAUGUCAUCUCUUACCAUGAUUCCGGUCUCCAUGAUCAGCAAACUGGCCAAAGGAAAAGGGACUUUAUGGCAGCGCCUCAAAGCAAGCACCCAGCCUGCAGUUGACCUUCCAAUGAUGGCAAAGGAAAUGGCAAGCAUCAGUGCUGCACUGCAUGUCCAUGAUGGUGAAAAAACAGGCAAUAUUGAAUGAAAUGCCA